UCGACUCCUAGAUCCUUCAGAUCAGUCCUUGCAAAGGCUGUGCUGUGUCUGUGAGUGUGAACAGGCAUGAGACUGAGAGUGUGAGGAACCAGUAAACUAACUUUUGUACCAGUGUCCUGUUUGAGCCUGGACUUUAGUUGGUGAGAAGGUGAUUGAUCGCUUCAUAGAAGGGUCUACCAGAAUGUCUCAAGAUGAUCCUGAUGUUUCACUGGGAUUUGUAGCCCAACCUGAGAAUGUGGAACAUUUGAAAAGCAAAUACUUUCCAUCCAAAAUGGGUGGGAAACCAGCGUGGCUCAGCCCUUUGGAGUUGCCAUCAACCAAGGACCUGACAUGUCCCAUCUGCAAGAAACCUUUUGUUUUCCUCCUUCAAGCUUAUGCACCGUUGGAAGAUCAAGAGGAGUGCUUCCAUCGCACUGUCUUCGUGUUCAUAUGUCGCAAUGGUGAAUGUUACUCAGAUCGCAGUAAUCGCCCAUUUGCUGUGUUACGAUCUCAGUUGCCCAGGAAGAAUAAUUUUUACAGCUUCGAGCCAUGUAAAUUGGAUGCUGGGUCGAAAGGAGAGGCGACUUUCGAGGAGCUGGUGAGCGCAGACGACUCGCAGCGCACCCCGCUGUGCACGCUAUGCGGCUGCACUGGCCGCCUCUGGUGCUCGCGCUGCCGUGGCCCGCGCUAUUGCGGCAAGGACCACCAAGUCAUGCAUUGGAAACACGGUCACAAGGCGGAGUGUCAGCCUGCACCGAAGGACUCGGACGCAAAGGCUCCACUGACGACUGCGAAAUGGUCUCGUGUGAUGGCAGCUGAUGCAGCUAAAUCGAUUCUCCUUCCGGAAAUGGAACUGGUCAUUGAAUCGGAGGUAGAACUUGAAAUAGAGGAUGAGGGUAUUGGCGCCGGUAGCGACAGUGAUGGUGACGAAGGCGAAAGCGAGGAGCAGCAACUGAAAGACUUCAAGACGUACGUUCAGAGCAGUGGAGGCAAGUCUGGAGCAUUAGACGGCGAAGUCAGCAAUGAGGAGCUACAGGCUGCUGCUGCAGAUGGCAUUGGCGUCACUGAUGCAUGCUUCAAGGCAUUCAAGAGGAAAAUUGCAAUCGCGCCUGAGCAGGUGCUUCGCCACAAUCGCGAUGGCGAGCCACUGUGGCUCUCAGCCAAGCAUCAGGCGGCUGACAGUGAUGUCCCGGACUGCGCAUGCGGAGCCAAGCGCACGUUUGAGUUCCAGAUUCUUCCUCAGCUACUGGCACACUUGCAUCUGGAUACACUAGCCGGACCGUCUGUAGACUGGGCUACGCUUGCCAUCUACACAUGCUCGCAGAGCUGUACUUUAGGCAAUCCAUACAAGUCGGAGUUUGUCUGGAAGCAGGACUUCUAAGUUUCUAGUCAGGCUACGUCCUCGCCAGCAACUGCCCUAGCUCUGCUAGGUAGCGUCCAGCUUACUGCCCCAGGAGAUUACUUGAAGUGAUCGUGAUUACAGCCCAUAGUAUGAUGGUAUGCUGUCCAGUGAUCAAUCCCAGUGACCAAUCCCAGUGAUGGAUGACUUGUGAGGCAUAGGGUGGCUACAGCACACACUGCUAUCGUGUGCAAUCUCGGCGGGCGUGCUGUUAACAACGUGCCCGGCCCGUUGUGCUCGAUACUUGUAUGCUGUUGUCGGACCAUCCUGCAAACCAUGUGGCAGUGUGUUUAUGGAUGCAUUCCGCAAAGCCGUUCUUAUAGCUGCGAGAUGUUGACUCGAUGUUGCCACGUUGUGGCAGAUAACAUUAGUUGCGACUCCCGCUUGCCUUUUGUUCAGUAUUGUCCACCGCACAGGCUUGACUGAAGUCCGGGAUGAGCUCAGCUAGGCUGCACUGGGUCAAGUCGGCAUAAAUCUCCUCUUAUCUCACGCCCCUCGCCAUGUCUGUGAACUCAAAAAAAGCAGCGUGACUAUUACUUUAGGAUUCUACCAGUGCUAGUGACGUAAGACACUGGUAUUAUUAUUUUCAAAUUUUAAUUUACUGAAGUCUGGUUUGCCACUUUCUAGGAAUAAUGUUCUCUUCCGCUUUAUUUCCUAUCUCUCUAUCUCUGCAUUUUAGUUUAAGAAGAAGAGUUUGGCCACAGGCGCUCUGCAGGUUUCUUGGAUUUUCGAAACAAAAAACAAGUUCUGCAAGUCUUGCUGA